AUGGCACAAGAAAUAGAAUCAGCUUUAAAUAAAGCUUUGGAAAACGUAACCACGAUUUGUUCAAGCACUGCAGAAAAAGUAGAAAUUUCGCAAAAUGAACUACAUAAAACAUUGAGCGCCUUAGAAGAAAAACUUCAAGGAAUUAAAGAGCUGUCUGCCAUUAUUGAUGAAUCAAAAAUUACAGCUGCAUGCGAGUCUAUUGAAAAAUAUAAAGCCAGAUUAGAAAGAAUAAAAAAACGAACAGAUGGAAUAAAAAUCAGAAUUUCUAAGAUAGAAGAAAAAAUAUCAGCAAAAAAGCUAUAA